AUGCAAGCGUGCGAGGGCAGCUCCGCCGGACGCCGGGCCUUCGACAGCAUCUGUCCGAAUAGGAUGCUGGACCUGUCCCGGCGGUCCCUCGGCAAGCCCGGGAAGCCGGAGAGGAAGUUCGUUCCUCCGUGGAAGUCCUUCCCAGGAUGCGGCGGUGGCAGCCCAGUGUCGGUGUACGAGGACCCCCCGGACGCAGAACCCGCUCCGCUGCCAGCUCUCACCACCAUAGACCUGCAGGACCUUGCAGACUGCACCUCGCUACUCGGAACCGAAGCGCCUCCUAGUGGUGAUUCUCCCGCACCUCAGAAUCCCUCCUUGCAAACUGAAGCCGAUUUCAACCUGCAGAAUUUCAGAGAUGCGGUGGAUGACCUCAUUGCAGAUUCAUCCUCUUUGACAUCGCCUCCCCUGACCGACGGUGACUUCCCCUUUUCCCCUUGUGACGUUCCGUCUUUUGGGUCCUGUCUCUCGCCAUCGCUGGAACCACCUGCCUUGGGGUCUCCACUGCUACCCCCACCGCCUUGUGCUCCAGACCUGCCACCACCACCAACGGAGCAGUACUGGAAGGAGGUGGCUGACCAGAACCAGAGGGCACUCGGGACUGCUCUCAUAGAGAAUAACCAACUGCACGUGACACUGACGCAGAAACAGGAGGAGAUAGCCUCGCUCAGGGAGAGGAACGUGCAGCUCAAAGAACUCGCUUGCCGGACCCGGCACCUGGCCUCAGUGCUGGACAAGCUGAUGAUCACGCAGUCUCCGGCCGAGCCCUUCCAGCUCAAGGCAACGACGAAAAGGAGCCUGGAGGAGCUGUUCUCUGCCACGGGGCAAGCCGGGCAGGGUUGCGCGGAAGUGGACGCCAUCCUCAGGGACAUCUCCCAGCGCUGCGAGGAAGCCCUGCAGAACCGUGACCCAAAGCGGCCCCGGCUUCAGCAGGAGCCCGACAGCAAGGAUUGCAGCACCAGGAACCUCCAUGGUGUCUUCCGAGGGCUGCGCACCGACUGCGGCGCCAGCUCGGUGAAUCUGAGUCACAGUGAGCUGGAGGAAGGCGGUUCCUUCAGCACGCCCAUCCGCAGCCAUAGCACCAUCCGCACUCUGGCCUUCCCCCAGGGCAAAGCCUUCACUAUCCGGACAGUCACCGGCGGUUACAAAUUCCGCUGGGUCCCCAGCUGA